AUGUCCACCCACAGGCACGAUGCUCCUGUAGCGCGUCUAGAAGCUUCCAGCAGCUCAUGGCUUCUACCGAGGGUUACUACAGUAAUUGAUGAAAUAACGAACCAGUUAAAAGAAAACCAAACGACUCUGCUGGCGACCAAUGAAAACCUGACAAAACUCAGUGAUCAGAGGGAGAACUUCACCAAACAAAUCCAAGUGUUGGAGGACAACUGGAAGAAGUUCAAUGUCAGCAGAGCUCAGUGGGCCAUCGACUCGUACUGCCCCAAAGAUAAAGGGAGAACGUGUUCAGCUUGUCAGGCAGGCUUUCUUGAGAAGCAGAUGAGCUGCUAUCUGUUUAUUAACAGUGAAGCUCCUUCUGAACCUAAAACCUGGGAAGAAGCUCGAGAGAACUGCAGAGGAAGAGGUGCAGAUCUGGUUGUUGUUCAUAAUGAGGAUGAAAAGAAAAUACUCAAUGAUUACAGCGCUAGAUACCCUGUACCUAACGGGUACUGGAUCGGCCUGAAGGUUGAAGGAGGGACGUGGAAGUGGAUCGAUGGAACUGAUCUCACUGACACCUCCUGGAUAGGAUCUCCUGCUGAAGGUCACUGUGCCGUUUCUCUCAUGAACAGAACAUGGGCAUCAGUGAGGUGUGAUCAGAAGAGAACAAGGGUCUGCACACAUAAAGCUUUGUCUCUUUAAACGUGUCAUAUUUCGUCCUCCAGAAGGUUCCUGGAGGCUCCUACAUGUAACAUAAAGUGGCUCAUCAAUAUAAAACAUGUAGGAUUCUACUUUACAAUUAGGAUUUCAUUCAAGGUUUUAAUUCCUACAUAAAAUAGCUUUUAUUGUCUAAAGUGUUCUUCAAAGCAGAAUCUCACCUUUCAGGUGUAUUAUUGGAUGGAAUAGAUCCUCUGAGUGUGAAUACAGACAUCACCACUAAACUGUGGAUCAUUCAUAAGUUGCUGUGUGUUUUCCUUGUGAUCUGUUAGAGAUGAAAAGCUUAUGAUUCACACAUCAGCAGAUUGAUGAUCAGUUUCCUGUCUUCUGCCUGAUGGAUUUCAUGUUGUUGCUACCAUUGAGCAGCAGGGGGCGCUGCCUCGCUGCUUCUCUGCAGGAUGCUGCUCAGUUUGCAUUAAUACUCAUCAUCAUGUUGAACUUGCACAGCUGAUGUGUCUCAGUUCAUCUCAUGUUUGAGUCUGUUGUUGCUUGUGAAUAAAUCUGCAG